GCACUGAAAUGGUUGUUUGGAGUCUUUUAUUGUUUACACUUUCGGUGCUAGGCGUCGACGCGUUGUAUUUUCAUAUUGGCGAGACUGAAAGAAAAUGCUUUAUCGAAGAAAUACCCGAUGAAACGAUGGUGGUCGGAAAUUAUAAAGUGCAGUUGUAUGAUCCAUCUACGAAAGGUUACGGUGAUUAUCCGAAUAUGGGAAUGCACGUUGAAGUUAGGGAUCCCGAUGACAAAGUGAUACUAUCGAAAUUAUAUACUAGUCAAGGGCGUUUUACAUUUACUUCAAAUUCGCCUGGAGAACAUAUUAUUUGCCUCUAUUCCAAUUCUUCGGCGUGGUUUAGUGGGGCUCAGUUACGUGUACAUUUAGAUAUUCAAGCGGGAGAACAUACGCAGGAUUACGAAAAGAUAGCAGCUAAAGACAAAUUAAAUGAGUUGCAACUUCGAAUUCGACAAUUACUUGAUCAAGUGGAACAGAUCACUAAAGAGCAGAAUUAUCAAAGAUUUAGGGAAGAAAAGUUUCGUCUAACAAGCGAAAAUACCAACUCUCGGGUCUUAUGGUGGUCUAUUGCCCAGACUGCAGUGCUUUUGUUGACUGGUGCUUGGCAGAUGCGCCAUUUGAAAGGUUUCUUCGAGGCAAAGAAACUGGUUGUUGGGAUGUCGACUCGGGUUCGAGAUCUGUUGAAGUCACCGUGGGCUAUUGGUUGCUAUAUUUUUGGCGUUGGUAGCGGCGCUUACUUCUACAUCGAGAAGAGACGGAAAAAAGCUGCUUACUAUGAAGAAACUGACUUGAGUGGUAAGACGUACAUUGUCAGUGGCGCCACAUCAGGGAUUGGUAAAGAAGUGGCAAGUGAGCUAGCUAGACGGAGUGCUCGAGUUAUCAUGGCCUGCAGAGAUCGGCAGAAAUGUGUAUCAGUUCGUAGAGAUAUUGUCAUGAAAACCAACAAUCGACAGGUUUACUGCAGACACUGUGACUUAGCUGAUUUCGAUUCUGUCCGAAACUUUGUAACAAAAGUUUGCAAGGGAAGAUUUCAUUUGGAUAGAAUUGAUGGAGUUGUGUUGAAUGCGGCGACAAUGGAACCAAAACGUAAUGUAAAUGAGAGUGGCAUUGAAUUGAACUUGGCUACGAACUGUAUUGGACCAUUCUUACUGACUGGGCUUAUUGUUGACAAGCUGCUAGCUCAAAAAAAUCCUGUCCGCGUCGUUUUUGUCAGCUCAGAUAGUAUUUUCAAAAAAUGUAGCCUCAAUUUAGAAGAUUUUAAUUUUGAGAACAGAAAAGCAUGGUACGCAUUUCCUCAUUAUAAGGAGACGAAAUUAGCUGCAACCUUAAUUGCGAAGGAGUUUUCUGAUAGGAUUAAAGGUACAAACUUGAGCGUUCUGGUAGUAGACCCAGGCAAGACGAGGACAAACCUAACCAAUAAGUUGAACGCCCAAAAAUUUUUCUUGAGUCGUUGGAUCUUGAAACCGAUAGGUUUUCUGAUGGCUCAGCAGAGGGCUGAUGCAGCUGCUGUUCCCGUUUUGUUCGCGUUGUUGGAUAAGAAAUUAGAAAAGGAGAAUGGAGUUUUUAUUGAGUUAGUUUUAACACGUUCCCAGAAAAUUCUUGUUAUUACGCUUGUCCUUAUUUGUGCACGUUUUGGUCUCCAAAUUACUCUCUGGGGGAAAGAUAUACUUCAGAAUAUAAAACCGUGGCCUGAUGGUUUUCUGGACGAUAAAUUAAAGAAACGUUUAUGGGUGACAUGCACGAGGUGGAGCCGAUUGGACGAACAUUUUCGAAUUUUUAACAGUGAGGUCAAUGAAACCGAAAAGAAGUCGGCAGAUGUGACUUCCGAAAAGAAAUCACGUAUUGUUCGAACUUGUAAAGUCUUUAAAAGCUUUAUAUUCAAGUUCUGCCUCAGUGUUAGGGAAAUAGGACUAGUUUCAAUCACUGAAAAAUCUGUAAUGAUAUUAAGCUAUGGUUUGUUAGAUACCUUAGUAUACCGCAUGUCAGUCUUCAUCAAAAGCGAACGGUUUUUUUUUCUUUCCAAACUGGUAUGAGA